CAUUUUGACAUCAAAAUGAUGUCAUAAUAAUUACUGUGGCUAUCUGGGUAAUAGAAUUGUAGUACACAGACAUUAUAUUUGAUUUCCAUAUACAUAUAUAUGUAGUAUUCAUUACACACACACAUACAUUUGAUACGCGCACGUGAGUGUGUGUAGAAAAAUUUGUGCGUUUUUUUAGACGUUUUUAAAAUUUUUAAAUCUGAAAUUUUAUUUAUUUUUUUUAACUAUAAACGCUAAAUAAAGUACGCAACGACAUAUUAUCAUAUUUGGAUGUGUUUUAUUAUAUUAACAUUAAUGUAUAAAAUAUUAAAAAAAAAUUUUUUUUUUUUUUACUAUUGCAUGUUUAAUUUUUUAAAAUUGUUUCCAUAUAGUAGGUUAUUGGUUUCUGAUAAACGCAGUUAAAAAUUAUACGUAAAAUAUAAGAUAUAAAACAAUGUGUUGUAAUGUUUGAUAAAUUUGUUCCAUGUUUUCACAUUUCUUAUUUUCACUUUUAUUACUUUUCAUAUAAGUAUAUGUAUUAUCUAUGUGUGCGGGUGUAUGAUAUCAUCAGUGACGUCAUGUUUUAGUAUACUAUACUAAAAGCAGCGCUUCAGUCAAUCGCUGACAGUCAAUGUACAACAACGCGUUUUCUUCAGAAUUGACGUUAAAAUAAGGCAGUAAUGGCGCAUUCUGUGACAAUUAGAACACAAACAGUGACGACCAGUUCGUCGACCAUUGUCGUCAACACUGGUUAUUUAAAAAGUUGGAACGGUAUUUUAAAGGUCCUACAAUUGGCGUUGGGUAUAGUUUGCGUAGGCAUUAUUGGUAGCGAAUUUAAUUCUUAUUAUAUUCGAUCUACGGCCGAGUGUUUCUUUCUUCUCAUAACGACUACUUUUAUGAUUGGCACUUUCAUCCUUGUUCUUAGUUGUUUGAUAUCCCUUUCUACUGCAUCUAUUUUAUCUAAAACGAUCUACGAACUCCUUUAUCAUGCCAUUGCAUUUGGAUUAUUAUUUGCGGCCUCAUUGACACUAUUGGUAUACGCCAAUAAUUAUAAGCGGGUUUUAAAUUCCUACGAAUUGUUAUUAGGUGCAUCCAUUUGCGGUCUAAUAAACGCCGGUAUAUAUCUCUUCAGCAUGAUUCUUGCUCUUCGCAUUUAUAGAGGGUUCUAAAUGUUUAAAUUAUCGCAAUAUUUUUAAAAGUGAAAACAAAUGACUCUCAUUGCGUUUGGUUUUUAAAUUUGUAUAUU